GGCCGGGCAGCGCAGUCGCAGUCGCACAGUCCGAGCCAGCAGCUGGCGGAGGAACGGCAAAAAGUAACCGGCCUCCGGACACGAAUGGGGUCUCACAUUAAAUGAUUGAAUCAACUCACCUACGUCAGCGAGGGCCAAUGGAUUUUGAAGCACAUUAUGAACAUCUGUGUGCUCUUCGUGACCUGGUUCCAUUAAAAGCUGUGAAGGCAAACUUAAAUCAAGGUGUUUUGGAUAUUAACGGUGAUUGGAUCAAGCCAUCAGAGUGGGCACCGAUUCUCAGCUCCAUUAGCAUUAACAAGAAUUUAACUUUCCUUGCAGUUAGAAGCUACUACCAGCCUGGUCUUGGAGAAACAGGGAGUGAAAGAUGUAAACAGCACUUCAGAAAACGGACACCAGCUAUCCGGUCAAAAGACUUUACAAUUCAACUCUGCAAGUCUGUAAGAGAUUGUCUAAGUAUUUCCAGUGCUCUAAAAACUUUGGAGUUACAAGGAUUACCUUUGAGGCACAAAGAUCUUAUAGCAUUAACAAAGGGUUUAUCCAGGGCAAAAACACUGCAGAACCUUUCAUUAGCUUAUUGUCCAAUAGGAGAUGAAGGACUGAAAAUCAUCUGCGAGAGUGUGAAGAAUUCUGCAACCAUCAAAACAGUUAACUUCACAGGCUGUAAUUUAACAUGGCGUGGAGCAGAGCACAUGACCAACAUUAUCAAGCAUCAAGCAACAAAAAGACAUAGUCAAGUCUGGGCAGAGAGCCUUCGUUACAGGCGUCCUGAUCUAGAUUGUAUGACUGGUUUGCGUCGCAUAACCAUGAAUUGUAAUACAUUGAUCGGUGAUAUUGGAGCUACUGCCUUUGCAGAUGCCCUCAAAGAUGACCUUUGGCUUAAAGCCCUUGAUUUGCAGCAGUGUGGAAUUUCUGAUAAAGGAGCCAAAGCUUUGCUUGAUAUCUUGCAGACCAGUAGUAUGCUAAUUGUUUUGGAUGUUAGAAAAAACCCAUUAAUUGAUCGGUCCUUGACAAAAUCCAUUAUUGAAAGAAUACUUCUGAAAGCAAAUGGAGUGAAUUCAGAGUACAAAUGGCUGACACUAACAUCGUCUAGAGAUCCUGCUAAACAAAAGCAAAGAAGAAAAACUAUAAAGUUGGGACAUGGUUUGAAAGGAAAAGCUACUAUUCGUAUAGGUACAAGGAAGUUUACAGAGAAGGAUAAGAAAAGUGCUCCUGCUUCUUCAGAUCUUAUCCCAGAACCACUGCCACCAGGUGCAGAGGGAUAUGUACCAUGGCGUACUGCUGCACGUGCUAACCGAUUCAGGAAUAUUCAUCUAAGUUCACCACAUCAAAAUAGAAAUGUUCAGGCUAGUAGCCCAGUGAUGGUAACAUUGGAGAGUGCAUCAUCUUCAGAAACUGAAGAGCUAAUCUGUACUCCUAAGGCAGAGACGCAGAUGAAUGUAAUGGAAGAUUCAUAUGAGGCAAUCACAGUAAAGCAGUACAAACACUUAAAGGUGGAACUAGAAGAAUGUCGACAGAGACUUGAAGAAGAAAUGAGAGCACGGACAAAGGCUGAUGCUCGCUUGAUGGAGCUUGAGGUUGAGAAUACCCGGCUUCGGAACAUCAAUCUAUCUCUCUCUGAUGCUCUGCAUACACAGUCAACAACAAGCACCAUUCUUGAGGAUGAAGGUGUGCUAGAAAGCAUUGAAGCCUCUUUCCAGAAAUUUCAUGCCUUUUUAGAUCUAUUAAAGGAUGCUGGAUGCCCGAAAGUGCUUCAAAGUGAAUUAAUUACAUUCUGGAGGCAAACAGCAUCCAAUUUGUGCACAGCGAGAUCUCUCAAACAACAAUAAGAUAAAUUACCAUUUAAUCUGUUCUGGUGGUGUUGGUUGAAGGACACCUUUUAGUUUGGAUAAAUAUUUAACCUAUGAAUAGAUGGAGAAAACAAUAGAGGACGUAAUAAACUUGUCUGGUAGCUGCUACCUAUAAGUUGAUCAAAUAUGCAUUUUUGCAAUAACAAAUUAAAUCCUGUUAUUUAUUAUUGGUCCCUCAUUUAUUUAGGCAAUUAGAUAAUCUUGUGACUAAUGUUGGUAUUUAACUAACUGUUAGGUAAUUGAUUGUCAGAGUAUUGUGACAUUACUUCAUUGAUAAACUCCAUCUAUUGAUGUAAAUCCAUCUAUAACAACAAAGCAACAAACCUAAACAUGCCUUGGUUUGGUACUUUUCUGUUAAAGUUAAUUUGCAAUAAAUCUUCAUAUUAGAUUCUAUUAAGGAGCCUGAAUUACUUUGCAGAGAGAUUAGACUGAAUAUUAGGGAUCAGAACUUAGUCUCAUUAAAGAUUUGUUAGAGAAUACCUUUUUUUCCAUAUUCAGUCUGUUAGCUGCAUUGGCUUAUGUGUCUCUGGUAUUUCAUAACAAAAUUGAAAUGUUGCAAGCAAGAGUUCUGUAACUCUGCAGUUUUAAAAGUAUUCUUUUUAAAAAGAAAAGUAAAACACCUUAUUUUCAAAACUGAACUACAUGACUUCCUGUUGUGACAGUCUAUGACUCCAUGAUAACCAACAUGCAGAUAAAAAGAAAAAGUAAAUGAUUUGUUCAUGGGAUGUUGGCAUCCCUGGCUAGACCAGCAUUUAUUGCCCAUCCCUCCUUAGGCUCCUUAAAGCAGAGAAAAUUAAGGGGAGAUUUAUAAAGUUGUUCAAAGUUAUGAAGGGUUUUAGUAGAGUAAAUAAAGGGAAAUGAUUUCAAUUAGUAGUAGGAUCAAUACCAGAAGACAAGAUUUAAGAUAAUUGACAAAAGAACCAGGGGGUAGAUGAGGAGAAGGCUCUUUCGAAAAUCAGGCAUUAGGACAUAUGACCUGGUUUUCUGCUGUACUUUUCUGUAGAAAUCUGAAAAUCCCUGAAAAUGCUGUAAAAUAUGCAAGCACAUGUACAAAGAAAAAAAUUGAAUUUCUUCUGUAGUUUUCUCUACCAAUAUUUUCCUUCACUUUUCAGUUUCACAGGUAGCUACUAACCUCAUGUAUCUUACACAUGUGGUUAUUCAAGUAUUAACUGUAACAGUGAAUAUGAGUGGGCUAGUUUACCAAAGAAGCUUUACACCUGAGUUUGAUUGACAAAAGCAUAUAGGUGGUUUGACAGUAAUUAGAAUCACAGUCAAUGAUAUAUUUUCCUUUCACUCAACCAGAAGCACUGAACUCAGUUGUAGUUCCCUCUUAACUAAGUUGAGUGUAAGGAUGGAUCUUCGUGGCUUAUAUGCCUUUGCUACUCUGGUGGAGUCAAUUGGAGUGUGUCUGUCAAUGUUAACUUGUCUUUUCUCUUUCUGUCACUGUUCAAGAAGUUACUUAUCUGAUGUGAAUUUUCAGCAUUUUCUGUUUUUGUUACCUAAAUUGAUGUGUUAACUUCAACUCUCAUCAACAAACAUUUGGAUUAAUUGAGGCAUUUUUCACUAAUGCAUCCUCCACUAAUGAAUGGAUCACUUUUCACAGAGCACUGAGCAAAUAAAUCAGGUUUGGAUUGCAGUGGUAUUUUAAUCAUAUAUUUCUUCUAAGUACAGAUCUACAACAAAACUGACAAUAACAAAAACAUUCUGUAGGUCAAGCAAGGUGGGGGAAUGUUGGGAAGGGAAGUGGGGUUUUAGAAUUCAGGAGCCCUUAGAUAUUAUUUAAACUCAGACAAGAGUCAAGACAUGACUUGAAUUUCUACUGUAAAUAUUCAGACACUAUCAUAAAAAUAAAUCUAUGUUGUGUUUGUACAUGUUGAAGAAGUAUAGAUGUGUAUACCACCAAUAAAAGUAACUUGU